AUGAGUCACCAUGAAAAAGUGAUUGCGGCGAAUCUUUCGUCAUUCAAAGAUAAAGCGGCCGAGUAUGACAACGAAAAUACUCAAUUGAUUUCUCGCGUAGUGGCCACUAAAGUACUCCAGUUCAGGUUCGAUAACGCACCUGAUACUGAGGAAACGGAGUUUGCGAGCAAUGAUUUCGAUUUCAAUGAUCUGGAUAUUCCAAAUGUGGCUGAUGAGCUCUGGGAUCCCGAGUCCACUCGUGUAUUGGAUUUUGCUUGUGGUACAGGUUUGGUGAGCCAGUCUUUGGCUCCCUAUUGUAAGGAAAUUGUCGGUGUAGAUAUAUCACCAGAUAUGGUAGGCAUUUUCAACCAAAAAAUUGAGAACCAGGGUAUUCCCGAGUCGGAAAUGAGAGCAUUGGUACUUGAUUUGUUGGCUACUGAUGACGACUCGCUAGGACAGUUUGAUGCUGUGGUGACAUCAUUAUCAUAUCACCAUAUUCAUGAUACUGAUAAAUGUACCAAGAGACUGGCUGGUAAGCUGGCACCAAAUGGACGUCUUUAUGUCAUUGACAUUGAAAAGGGGUCCGGUGGUAGUGUACAUGGCCGAAUGACUGAUGAAGAAGCUCUUAAAGAGGGUGUUGCUCAUAGAGGAGGGUUAGAAGCCGAUGAAUUGGUGCAAACAUUUAAGAAUGCUGGUUUGGAUCAAGUUAAAGUGACACGAGCUUUCCGAGUUAAGUUGUGGGUGCCGGAAGAUAAAGUCAAGUCCUUCUCGGGUAUCACCGGCGAGACCAAGGUUGUCAAUGGGAAGACUUUACACUGCUCAAAGGUGAAUUUGAUGCUUGUUACUGGACGACGUAAAUAG